AUGAUGCGGGGAUCAUCACAACAGUUCAUGGGGGUCCCCGGACCUCAGAAGAUCCUCAAGACCUUUGGCUCGCUUUGGCUUUCGCAGACUUCGAACCAGAAUACAAACCCUGGAACUUCGUCAUCAUGCCCUGUCUCGGAAAUAAGUUGCCAGGCUAAAUACCACGGUCAAGACACAUGCUGUUUCAACUACCCCGGUGGCCAAAUGCUGCAGACGCAAUUCUGGGAUGUCGACCCUGCACUCGGCCCUGAAGAUGCAUGGACUAUCCAUGGACUAUGGCCCGAUCACUGCAAUGGCGGCUUUGAUCAGUUCUGCGACUCCGGACGCAAGUACAGCAACAUUUCACUGAUUCUAGUAGACGCGGGCCGGGGAGAUUUGCUCGAAUACAUGAGCGAGUAUUGGAAGGAUUUCCGUGGUGAUGACAGCAAUCUAUGGCAACACGAGUGGAACAAGCACGGCACCUGCGUCAGCACGCUGGAACCACAUUGCUACACGGACUACCUGCCGCAACAGGAUGUCGUGGACUACUUUGACAAAACUGUUGAGGUUUACAGGGAAUUGCCUACCUAUGAGUUCCUGGCCAGUGCUGGCAUCACACCAUCUCAGACUCAGACCUAUGCUCUUGCCGAUAUUGAAGCUGCACUGGAACAAGCCCAUGGAAACCCUGUCACUAUCCGUUGCCGGGGCGGCGCCAUCAAUGAGAUUUGGUACCAUUUCAAUAUUGCAGGAAGUCUACAGUCCGGGAAAUUCAUCUCUGCAGGCCCAGAUGAUAUAUUUACUCUGAAAUCUAGCAAGGGGCCCUGCGCCUUCGAGCGAGAUGCCCUUGCUUGCGGACCUCACGUCAACAAACCAAGCGAGUUCACCGCCAAAGAUGGUAAGCUCGCUUACAGUGAUCACACUACUUUCUAUGCCGAGAAUCCACCCAAGGGGCGUACACAGAGUACCGUGUAUGCUUCGCAAGGGGGGCGGCCUAUCGAGAUCGAGAUCACCUGGGCUUCGAAGUAG